UUAUAGGUUAAGGUCCCAACUUGGGUCAAUGGUGUAGAAGACAGUGAGUAUGUUGGUGUUGGUGCUCGAUUUGGACCUACCUUGGAAUCAAAGGAAAAACAUGCCACCAAUAUGAGAGUGGUUCUCGCAGACCCCCCUGACUGUUGUAGCACACCUAAUAAUAAGCUUUCACAAGAUGUCAUUUUGGUGCACCGAGGAAACUGCAGUUUCACAAGGAAGGCAAAUAUUGCUGAAGCUGCUAAUGCUUCAGCCAUCCUCAUUAUAAACAACCGUACAGAACUUUUCAAGAUGGUUUGUGAAGACGAUGAACCUGACGUUGAGAUAGGCAUACCAGCUGUUAUGCUUCCUCAAGAUGUUGGUGCAAUCUUAGAAAAUGAUUUAAUGAACAAAUCCAAAGUUUCUGUGCAGCUGUACUCUCCAUUGCGUCCAGUGGUCGAUAUUGCGGAAGUGUUUUUGUGGCUUAUGGCUGUUGGUACCAUCAUAUUUGCUUCUUAUUGGUCUGCAUGGAGUGCAAGAGAAGCAGCUAUUGAGCAUGACAAGCUAUUAAAGGAUGCCUCUGAUGAUUCUUUGCAUAUGGAAGUUGAUCGUUCCAAUGCUUUAGUGGAGAUUAGCACCACAGCAGCAGUCCUGUUUGUUGUGAUUGCUUCAUGCUUCUUGGUUAUGUUUUACAAACUUAUGUCAUUCUGGUUUGUGGAGAUUCUGGUGGUUUUGUUUUGCAUUGGUGGGAUAGAGGGCCUGCAGACUUGUUUGGUGACUUUGCUAUCAUGUUUCAGACGAUUUAAACGUGCUGGAGAAUCAUAUGUUAAAGUGCCCUUCUUUGGAGCUGUUUCAUAUCUGACGCUAGCCGUUGCUCCCUUCUGCAUAGCAUUUGCUGUUGUUUGGGCAGUGUAUCGCCGUGUCUCAUUUGCUUGGAUAGGUCAAGAUAUCCUUGGUAUUGCACUGAUAAUCACAGUUCUUCAGAUUGUUCGAGUACCAAAUCUCAAGGUUGGAACAAUUCUUCUCAGUUGUGCCUUUUUAUAUGAUAUCUUCUGGGUAUUUGUUUCUAAAUGGUGGUUCCAUGAGAGUGUAAUGAUAGUGGUGGCUCGUGGUGAUAAAAGUGGAGAGGAUGGUAUACCAAUGCUACUGAAAAUUCCACGGUUGUUUGAUCCUUGGGGUGGCUACAGCAUCAUCGGAUUCGGUGAUAUCAUCAUACCAGGAUUGGUUGUAGCCUUUUCACUAAGGUAUGAUUGGUUGGCAAAUAAGAAGCUUCGAGCUGGUUACUUUGUGUGGGCAAUGACCGCUUAUGGUUUAGGUCUCCUCAUCACAUAUGUGGCUUUGAACUUGAUGGACGGUCAUGGCCAACCUGCUUUGUUGUACAUAGUUCCCUUCACACUCGGUACUCUACUGACUUUGGCACAGAUGAGAGGGGACCUUAAAGUUCUGUGGACGAGAGGAGAACCAGAGAGGCCAUGCCCGCACGUCCAUCUCCAACCCUCUCAAUAGAAGUAGUAGGACAAAGUAAUAGUGUGACAGUUAGUACAGUAGUAACUCAGAAAAACCUCUUUUCUUGUCAUAGCUGUAGGAGAGUAUCAAACAUUUACAAGGUUGUUCAUAAGAUGAUUUUUCAAGGACCAACUGAUAUAUAACAGGGAAUACUUAUAACAUCCAACAUUGUUAUUGCGGUA